AUGGAUGUCACCUCCUCGCUGGUCUGCCCUUUCCUCCUCCUGCUCGUCUUCGUCCUCCUGUCCUCCCUCACCCCUUGCUCCUUCUCCAUGCUGUGUCCAAAGCGGUGCACUUGCCAGAACCUGCUGCCGUCCUACACGGUGCUGUGUGCCAAGACGGGCCUCCUCUUCGUCCCGCCCAACAUCGACCGCCAGACGGCCGAGCUCAGGUUGAUGGACAACUUCAUCACGACUCUGAGGCACCGCGACUUCGCCAAUAUGUCCAGCCUGAUCCAUCUGACCCUGAGCAGAAACACCAUCAGUCAGAUCCGGCCCUACGCCUUCGCUGACCUCCAGGAUCUGCACGCUCUCCACCUGGACGCCAACCGCCUCACCGUCCUGGACGACUCCCACUUCCAGGGUCUGGUUAACCUGCGGCACCUCAUCCUGGCCAACAACCAGCUGCACAGCAUAUCAGAGGGAGCCUUCCAGGACUUCCUAGAGACUCUGGAGGAUUUGGAUCUGAGCUACAACAACCUGGUGAACAUUCCCUGGGAUACGAUCGCCCUGCUGGUCAGCGUCAACACGCUCAGUCUGGACCACAACCUCAUAGAGAGCGUCCCCGAGGGAAUCUUCUCCAACCUGCAUAAACUGGCCAGACUGGACAUGACAUCCAACAAGCUGAAGAAGAUUCCUCCGGACCCGUUGUUCCUGCGGAUACCUGUCUACGCUAAGAUGAAGGGAUCUCCUCUCACGGCGCUGGUGUUGAGUUUCGGCGGGAAUCCUCUCCACUGUAACUGUGAGCUGGUCUGGCUCCGCAGAGUGACCCGAGAGGACGACCUGGAGACCUGCGCUUCACCUAAAGAAUUGGCUGGAAAAUACUUCUGGACCAUAAAGGAGGAGGAGUUUGUGUGUGAACCACCGAUGAUAACUCGUCACACCUCCAAGAUGUUUGUGAUGGAGGGUCAGGAGGUGAGCCUGCGCUGUAAGUCCAUCGGAGACCCUGAACCGUCCACACACUGGGUCAGCCCCGACGGAAAGCUGAUCGGCAACACGUCCAGAACCAUCUGCUACGAGAACGGCUCGCUGGACAUCCUCAAAGCCUCCGUCAAGGACUCUGGAAAGUUCACAUGCAUAGCGUCUAACGCUGCUGGAGAGGCCACGGCUCCCGUUGAGCUAGUCGUCAACCCCUCCCCGCAUUUUGACCCCAAACUGGACCCUGACCCGGGGCCUUCGGACAUCCCCACAUCCAUCAAGUCCAACGUCAGCGGGGGCCAGGCCCGGUCCGACCAGCAGAGGGUCAGCGUGUCGGAUCUAACGUCCAGCUCUGCUACCAUCAGAUGGCCGCCGCAGAACCACAUACCAGGGGUCCGCAUGUACCAGAUCCAGUACAACAGCUCCACCGACGAUAUACUCAUAUAUAGGUAA